AUGCACCCUCGUCUGAUUCGAUUGGCCUAUUCAAGAUGUAGAAGGCGAACGCGCGGCCUGGGCAAGGCUUUCGGCUCGAGUGGAGCUUUUGCUCUGCUGCAUAGCGCUGGUGGUGCCCAGGCUACCCAGACAUCCCCCGUGCAGUCUCCAAGCAAGACAAUGAAGGUGGAGGUGGAGUCCAAGACGCAAGCAACCCGCGCCGCUGAUGCCAUCGACGAGAUGGCUUUGCCGCUCUACACGCUAGCUUCGCCAUCCCAGGGAACUGCUGACUUUUUGAAGUGGUGGUACGCUACACGAUUAGGCGGUUCGUUUGCCGGCUCAGAAGCCGACGGAAGCGCCUCGCAGGACUUGGAGAGUACGAGAAUCCAGCGAGCAUUGUCUCAGCAAGCUUUGCUGGACGGCAGCAAGACCAGCCGGCAUAAGACCCAUGCCAAGGUUCCUGCGUCGACAACACCGCAAGACGACUCAAAUACACACGCUGAGCCUUCAACGGCUGUUGCUACGCACAACGACAUCAAGCACAAGGAGACAGAGCCGUCAGCGAAGCCAACCGAAAAUCACAUCAACGAACUCAUGAGCUUGGGAUCAUUGUACGAGCCAAUCCGAAGGCCGCGCCAUCCGAUCGUCUUGUUGCAUGGACUGGGUGGCUUCGACAAGCGAGGAUUAUUUCUCGGCCUCGAGAUUCAUUACUGGGCGACAGUGCUUGAUAUUCUGCGCAAGAAGAUUGGAGCAGACGUCAUCGUCAAGGCGGUGCCGGGAGCUGGAUCGAUCAAGGAUAGGGCCAACACGCUGCACCAGUUUCUGUGCACGCCCGAAGCUGCCGUGCUCGGCAAAAAGGUGAAUCUGGUGGCGCAUAGCAUGGGUGGUCUGGAUGCUAGACACCUCAUCACCAACAUCAAGCCCACCGAAUAUGAGCCCAUCAGCUUGACCACGCUCAGCACGCCCCACCGGGGUAGCCCAUUUAUGGAUUGGUGCAACGCCAAUGUUGGAGUCGGCAACGAUGCGAUCGAAGAAGCGGUGCAGCAGGCUCGUCAGAGCGGUGCACUAGCCGACUCGUCACACCUACCAAAGGUGCCGUACACGCUCAAAACGCCUAUCUUUGUGAAGCCCAAGAAGACCAAAGCAAAGGAGGAAGCAAAGAGCGAGGCGGAGGCAGAGUCGAAUGCCAUCGACUCACGAAGAUCUGAGGGCGAUCAGAGCAAUGUCGAGCUGGAUCCCAGCUUCAAAGAAAAGGUUGACGAGAAGCUCUGUGAGGCUGUGGAGACUGUCAAAGCAACUACACAGAGCGCCGGGGUUGGCAACACUGCAGACUCAGACUCUGCAAAGACGAAGACAAAAACAAAGGGCAAGCCUAACGAAGGAAAGCCGGGCGGUAUUAGCUUGCCCUUCAGUAUGAGUACGUUCACAAAUGCUCUGUCAAUGCUGGGGGGCAGCUUCUCGUCGUACAUGCUCUCUGUGCUUGAUCAGCCGGCCUACGCCAUGCUUAGCACCAAGUACAUGACGGAAGUGUUCAAUCCUUCCACCCCAGACUCGCCACACGUCCAGUACUACUCUGUCGCAGCACGGACGCGCAGCAUACAACCUUGGCAUCCACUCUGGCUGCCCAAGCUGAUCCUCGAUGCAGCGGCUGAAAGUCGUACGGGCGGUGCAGAGACGGACGGCAGCGGUGAUGCGUUGGGGGGCAAGCUGCAGGGCAAUGAUGGAUUGGUUAGCGUCCAGAGUGCAAGAUGGGGUCACUUUUUGGGCGUCAUUGACGGUUGCGACCACUGGGAUCUUCGUGGUGGAGGUGGUCCUAGAUGGGGCGCUGGAGAGAAGAUCAACUACGCUACAGGUAAGCCUUGGGAGGGAAGCACAUCAGGGUCAGAACGUCUGGAUGACGCGCCGAAAAAGGCUGCAAAAGAGGAGGCUGCAAAGACCGAGGGUUCCAGCUGGAUCGAUAUCAAUCGGCUCCUUGAUGUCUUCACCAAGAGCAAGAAAGAGCCGAAAGACAACGCCCUAGUGGAUAGAAAGGCCAGAGACACCGCGACAGCCAGCAAAGCAGAGGACAAGGAGGCCACAGACAGCGACGGAAAUUCUAAGCCUGCGUCGGACGGGCCCAGCUCCUUUCUAGAGCACUACGCCGCCAUAGCUGCGCCUGACGAUGCAGGAAUGCCAGACACAGCCCGGCCUUGGCAUUCGAGCGAGCUUGCGAGCAUGUCCAAAGACGCUGCAGGUGCCGGCGACUCGGGCAUUGUAUCUGAAGUUGCGGAAUGGAUCUCCGAGCGCCUUCCACAGCGGGACGAGCGUAGACGAGCGCAGGCGGAGAGGGCGGCAGAUGCUCAAGACGCUCUGGCCGAAGCAAGUCGCGUGACUAGCCAAGCCGCUUUCGCCUACCUUGCCGGCAGCAAUGGAGAAGAGCAUGAACCUGGUCAUACCGAGCCGGCACGCUUGACGCUGGCGAGCACCCCAACGUGGAGCGAAAUACGUUCCGCACCGCCCGAAGCUGUGCUCAUUGGACAGCCGCCGCCACUUCCUAGUCCCAGAUCGGCAGGAGGCUCACCAACAACGGAGUCCAGUGGUGCAAGCGCCAGCCCUCGACUGAAGCGUGAUGCGCAGUGGGAAGCUUCACUGGAUCAAAAUGCUGCUUCGCGCGAGCUGCGUCGAGAGUUGGCCUGGCAUCGGGCAGAAAGGGCACGAAGAUUUGCCAUUCAAUACCCAUUGUCGGGAGAUGCAGCCCUGACGGAUGCUGCUGCCUCGAUGAGCAGCUUCCCCGCUACGUCUGCAGUACCCAACCGUCGCGUGCCCUUCGCUAGCGACAGUGCUGAUCUGGACUGGGACGCGCAGGCAAAGCGCAGACCGAGCAAGGAAGCCUCGAAGAAGGAGUCUGAGAAGGAGAAACGUAGACAGAGCGAUCAGCUUGAGCGAUUCUGGCUCGCUGUAUGUCUGCACCUGUACCAACAAGGACACUGA